AUGCCUCUCAUGUUAGCUGUUCGACAGCCCGACGAUGAUGCUCGUGAGCUUGGCCGAGCCCCCGACGAUUUUCUCCCCAACUCCAAAUCCUAUCAACAUCCCGUUUCGUACCCUAUUACCCUCAAGUUUGAAAGUAUAGUCUACAAAGUGAACCUGAAAACCAGCAUCGAAUCCACCAAGACAAUCCUCGAUGGGGUAUCGGGCCUCGUGGGCCCCGGCGAGCUCCUAGCCAUGCUAGGCCCGUCGGGGAGUGGCAAGACGACCCUCCUGACGGCCCUCGGCGGCCGCCGCCUCACGGGUAGCCUCUCUGGCCGGGUCAUCUACAAUAGACUCCCAUUCUCGGGCCGGGUCAGGCGCCGAACGGGCUUCGUGGCCCAAGACGACGUCCUCUACCCGAACCUCACGGUUUUCGAGACCCUACUCUUCACGGCCCUCCUCCGACUACCCGAGUCUCUCACGCGGGCCGAGAAGGCCCGACAUGUGGAAGAGGUCGUUUUGGUCCUCGGGCUCUCGGGCUGCGCGGACGGGCUCGUCGGGGGCCCGUUUCUCCGCGGGAUCUCGGGCGGGGAGAGGAAGCGGGUCAGCAUCGGGCAAGAGAUGUUGGUCAAUCCCAGCCUAUUGCUGCUCGACGAGCCGACCUCGGGGCUCGACUCAACCGGAGCGUACCAAAUCGUGGGCACGUUGAGGGAGCUCGCGCGGGCCGGAGGGCGGACGGUGAUCACCACCAUUCACCAACCGUCGAGCCGAGUUUACUAUAUGUUCGAUAAGGUGCUAGUGCUCUCGAUGGGCCGGCCCGUGUACUACGGGCCCGGCCCAAAUGCGAUGGAGUACUUCGAAUCAAUCGGGCUUUCGCCGUCGGUUUCGGUUAACCCGGCCGAUUUCAUGCUCGACCUCGCCAACGGUCUGAGGCCGGAGUCGCAGCACGCGCCGGAAGUUGGUGACGGCUCCGAAAAGGACCCGACAGAAUCGUUAAGAGACUUUCUCGUGACUUGUUAUAAAAGAAAUAUUGGUGAAAGGUUGAAGGUGGAGCUACGCGGCUCGGGCUCGGGCUCGGGCGCCGACUUUGACACUGAUGAGUAUCCAAGUGAUGAUCCUGCGAGCCUUCCUGAGAAAUGGUGCACGAGUUGGUGGCACCAAUUCAAGAUCCUUCUCGUACGAGGCCUUCACGAGCGGAGAUUCGAAGCCGUCAACAAGCUACGAGUCUUCCAAGUCCUAAGCGUGGCCAUACUUGGCGGCCUCCUCUGGUGGCGCACUCCGCCUUCCAAAAUCGACGAGCAAGUUUCAUUGAUGUUCUUCUUCUCGGUCUUCUGGGGUUUCUACCCUCUCUACAACGCUGUCUUCACAUACCCUCAGGAGCGCGCCAUGCUCGUCAAGGAGCGCUCAUCCGGGAUGUACCGCCUCUCGGCCUACUUCGCUGCCCGCGCGGUGAGCGACCUCCCAAUGGACCUUGCCCUACCCACGGCCUUCACGUGCAUCUUGUAUUGGAUGGGCGGGCUCAAGUCCGACCCGCGGGCCUUCAUCCUAUCCCUCCUCGUUGUUCUCUUCGGUGUGCUUGUCGCCCAGAGUCUCGGCCUCGCCUUCGGAGCCCUACUCAUGGACGUGAAGCAGGCGGCCACGCUGGCUUCGGUCACAACUGUCGUGUUCAGUGUGGCCGGAGGCUAUUACGUGAGGAAGAUCCCUAUAUUCAUCGUGUGGUUGAAGUACGCGAGCUUUAGCUACUACUUCUACAAGCUCCUUCUAGGGAUUCAAUACGACGAGGACGAUUAUUACGAGUGUGGUGCAGGGAAGGGCGAGUGUAGGGUUUGGGAACAUCCCGCGAUUAAGUCGAUCGGUUUGAGGUAUUUGUGGGUCGACGUGACGGCUAUGGUUGUGAUGCUCGUCGUGUACCGGCUUGCGGCGUAUUUAGGGCUUCGUCGGGUGAAGUGA